AUGCUUGGACAACCGGUCAUCAUCCUGUCGACAUCCGAAGUAGCACAUGAGCUUCUAGCAAAGUGUGGAGCCAUUUUUUCGGACCGACCUCGUCUUUUCUUAGCAGCCGAGCUAGCCUUGAAGGGACUCAAUAUCCUCAUGAUGAAUUACACAGAGCAAUUCAAACACUAUCAGGGGUUACAGGUCUCCGUAUUGAAUGCGACUCCGGCAGCGGCAUAUCUUCCCUUUCAGACUCUGGAAUCACAGCAACUACUAGUCGACCUUCUGGAUACUGCAGGCGGUAGUGGUUCCGAUAAUAUUCAGGGGACUUUUCAACGCACAACUGCUAGCAUCAUCCACACAUUGCUGUAUGGAUUUCGUGUUAAAGACCCUAACGACCCCAUACUUCGUGCCGUAAUUAAAUUGAACGAUGAGUUCUCGGAAUUCGUCCAGGUUGGGGCGCAUAUUGUGGACCAUUUCCCUAUACUUAACAAACUACCUGGCUUCUUAGCCACAUGGCAAGCAAAGGCUGAGAAUCACUACACAACUAAAUAUGACCUCCGUGGUGAAAACUUCCGCCGAGGUAUUAAUUCUUCUUCUUGGAAUAUCUCCAAGUACCUCAAGAAGACUGUCGAGGCCGAAGGCCUUGGUAUGCCGGUGCUUGAGUUAGCAUUUGAGCUUGGUACGAUGAUCGAUGCCGCGCUAGAUGGUACUACUGCUGAUAGGAAAUAUAUAGGCAAUAGUGACAGGACUUCUUCUGUAACUACCGACAGCCUGAUCUGGUUUAUUGUGGCUUGUAUAACACAAGAUAACGGCUUCAUUGCUAAGGCAUGUGGAGAGCUAGAUGCUCAUGUCGGGCGCAACCGACUUCCCGUCCCAGAUGACAAGCCCAACCUACCAUAUAUUACGGCUAUUGUUGAAGAAGUAUUCCGUUGGCGGCCUGCUGGGCCUGAAGUUGUUCCUCACCUGAACAGAGAGGAGGUGACCUACAUUGGAUAUACCAUCCCUAAAGGGUCUGUUAUCAUACCUAAUGUUUGGACAAUCUCCCGGGAAGAGGCCGUGGUCGGCCCAAAGCCUGAUAAUUUCAUUCCGGAUCGCUGGCUUGACGAGGAUGGGCGGCAUUUUGCCUGCAACAUCAUUUGGAUCGUGGUCGCCCAACUUCUGUGGUUAUUCGAUAUCAAGGCUGGCUUGUCUGAGACAGGCGAGCCCACAGUGGUUGAUCCCAUUGCAUGCACCUAUGGCCUAGUUAUGCGGGCUCUGCCUUUUAAGACUUCCUUCAACCCUCGUGGUCCUUGGGUGCGAGAGGUCAUCACCAGGAAUGGUGACACUUACAGCAAGGAUCAUGGGGCUAUGCUUGACCAAAUUGGGGCAAAAUUCGCUAAGCUGUAG